AUGAAAUUAUUAUUAUCACUUAUAGUUUUAUUUUUUACAUUCACCAAAAAUGUGAAUAGUUAUGGUGAAUCUGAUUCUUCUGGAUUGCCAAGUUAUCAAGAAAGAGAACAAUUCAAUUUAGUUAAUUUAAUUAGAAUGUUUCCUACUCAGUGGAAGGCAGAUUAUAUGAGUACAUAUUCAAAUCUAAAUGGAAUGCUUGUUAACUAUCCACCAGUUCCUCCUUUGUAUUAUGAUAAUACAUUAAAUAGACUUGCUUUAUCACAUAGUCAAGAUAUGGGAAAUAAUAACUGUUUUCAACAUAAUUCAUGUGAUGGAACUAAUAUUUGGACACGUUUUAAUCAAUUUAUUACAUGUAAAGGCUCAAAUGGUGCAAUGUCAGAAAAUAUUGCAGCUGGUACAGAUGCUCUUGAAGCUAUUAAAAUGUUGGUAUGUGAUGAAACUGGUGGUAAAUGUGCUAAUGAUAAAUCAAGUAGCGAUGGACAUCGUUCUUCCAUUAUGUCUAGUGAUUAUAAAACAUUAGGUGUUGGUUACUAUUCUAAAUCUGGAUCUGAUUAUACUCAAUAUUGGACCCAAGAUUUCAAUGAAGGUAAUUGUAAUUCACCAACAAAUCCAAUUUAUUCUGGCUUUCAUACUUGGGUAACAAGUAAUCCACAAUUCAUUGUUUUAUUUUAUAGUACUACCGAUAGUGUUUCAACUAUGUCAUUGGUAUUUGGUGACGGAACCUCAAAAGUUUUAUCAAGAACUUAUGGAACUGCAAGCUCUGGUGCUUAUAUUACAACUUCCACUUAUGUCGCUUGCCAAGCAUAUUACUACGAAGUAAAAACCACUGGUUCAAAAACUUAUAGAUAUCCUGAAACAGGUUUUUUACAAGUUUCUAAAUCAUCUUCAUGUUCUGGAUGGGUUCUAGGUGCAUCCGUAACACCAACAACAACUCCAACUGAAACUGUUACCCCAACUCCAACUGUGAGUGCUACCCCAACUCCCACUGAGACAGUAACUCCAACACCCACAAUGACUACUACUCCAACACCAACCGAAACUGUUACUCCAACUCCUACUGAGACUGUUACUCCAACCCCUACUGAGAGUGCAACUCCAACUCCCACCGAAACAGUAACUCCAACUCCUACUGUGACUACUACUCCGGCACCAACUGAGACUGUUACUCCAACUCCUACUGAGAGUGCAACUCCAACUCCUAGUGAAACAGUAACUCCAACUCCUACAGUGACUGCCACUCCAACUCCAACUGAAACAGAAACUCCAACUCCUACCGAGACUGCCACUCCAACACCAACCGAAACAGUAACCCCAACUCCUACAGUGACUACAACCCCAACUCCCACUGAAUCAGUAACUCCUACCGAAACUGCCACUCCGACCCCAACUGAAACAGUAACUCCAACCCCAACUGAAACAGUAACUCCAACCGAUACUAUUACUCCAACCCCAUCCGAGAGUACAACCCCAACCGAGACUGUUACCCCAAAUCCUUCUGAAACAGUAACUCCAACUGAGACCUCUACCCCAACUCCUUCUGAAGCUUCAUCAGAAACCAGUAUCCCAUCUGAUUCGUUGGAUACUUCUAAUCCAAGAUCAUCUGAUGAAACCUCUGAAACUCCAUCAGAUACAUCUGGAAGUAACACUCAAUUAUCUAGUGAUAACCCAGCAACUGAUUCCUCAAGCAAAAAUCAAAAUUCAGAAGAUAUUCCAAUUAUCUCGACUUCAUCUGAUGAAAGCUCUGGAGAUAUUGGGACUCCAAUUGAAACUAAAAAUCCAACAGAAAGUUCAUCAAUUGAAACCAAUUCACAAGAAUCUUCGACAUCAACCUCUGAAUCUUCUACACAACUCCCUGUUGAUAAUUUAGGAAGUGAAUCAAAACAUCAACAUGAAGAUUCAGACUCAGAUUCAAGCUCAUCAAUUGUCUCAAUUACUUAUGUUUCAUUUACAUUUUUUGUACUAUUAUCUUUGAUUUUAUAA